CACAUUAUACGAACUCAAAUAAUGUGCCAUAACACAACAAAGUAGUGUAAGUCCAGCAGAAAAAACAACAAAAAAGGACAUGAAAGCCAUUUAUGUAUCUCCCCCAUAUCACUCACUGCACUGCACCUCUACUAACACUAUCUCUUGUGGCCCUUGCUUUACCUCACUGCCUCUCCCUCUCCCUCUCCCCCCCUCUGUCUCACAUGGCUGCAGGCCCCAGAACAAGCUUUUUAAUUUCCAAUUUCUCCGAGCAAUGGCUGAUCAUGGUUGGCAUGGCAAUACUAGUAUGCGGGUUCCUGGCAUAUGUGAUUUAUGAUGCAGUUGUGGUCACUGCAGCUGACCUCUUGCACCGUCUGCUAAUGAUCUCCCCUGUGCUCCUAGUCCUUGCAGUUCACUGGCUGUCCACCGUGCCACCAGCUAAUCGACUCAACUUUCCCAUGCCGGGGUCUGAGCCCAACGCCAUUCAUCGAGCUGGCGCCUCACCAUGGGGUCUUGCAGUUGUGCUGCUUCUCCUCUUCUUCCUCAUAUCUUACCAACCAUCCUUGCAUGGCCUUAUCUUUUAGUGUCUUGGCAUCUUUUCAUGGAUAAUGUAUGCUUUGUGCCUUGAAUGUAGCAGAAUGGUUUAGCUUUCUCUAAAGAGCUGUUUGUUUCCAUGGAAAA